AUGAACAGCAGUUCUCCAAAACCUGAGAACGGAACGGAGCAGCCGGCGCCGUUUACUAUCAAUCUCCUCUCCUUGGACGACGAAGAUGAUCUUCUCCAACUGCUUCCAGCAUCUGAAUGCACUAAAAAUUUUGAUCUGCGAAUCCUAAGUUCUGAUACUUUCAGUGACUGGAUGAAAAAAGAACUUGAUCUUGAACGACUACACAAAAUCCACACAUGGCUGUGGAUUGCGGGACGACCCGUGCCGCCACGACCUUUGCAUACUCAGCUAUUCCUAGGCCGAGGGAUUAGUAUCACGGAGCGCAUAGAUAUGCAUCUUGUGUGGACAACUGGCCGAAUGUUCCUGAAACCCAUCCCGCGCUUCCUUCUUGUGCCUCGCUUCUGGGCCUGUCCCAUCUCUAAAGAUUCACGAAAGUGUGCCCUUGGCUUUCUCUUUUCCUAUGUCGGGCUUAUAUCUUACGAGAGUGACUUUAGGAUUGCUCAAGAUAAUCAUCUGCUUCCACCAGAGGUACAAUGGUCGGAUUGGAGGAAACUGGUCGCACAAAUUCUGAACGCAGAGGACAUAUACUACGAUAUUGAUAGAAGAUUCUACUAUGGCGAGCUUCGUCUGAAUCGGCUCAACAAGAUGUACUUUCUUGGCAUGAACAAUUUUCGUGGCUAUGGACUUUUUUGGGACCAAUAUAGCUCUUUUCUUCAGGACAAUUUCAGCUAUCUGGCAGGAUCAACUGUCUAUAUUGCGAUUGUCCUGACGGCUAUGCAGGUUGGACUUGCAACUCACGCUCUUGCGGAUAACAAUGCCUUCCAACAAGCAUCCUACGGCUUUACUGUACUCCCCAUUCUGGGGCCAUUGGUACUCGCUACGAUCGUCGGUUUCGCCUUUGUCUAUAUCUUCAUCCAGAAUGGAAUUUAUACCGUCAAGAAAAGAAACAAACGUCUCAAACAUAUCGGAGAUCCAGCAUGCGAGGGUUGA